CAAGUUUGGUGAACAGUGCGUCACCCGCGACUUCUGUUCCUCGACGACCCAGAUGAGGCAAUUAGACCCACUUUCCGUGGAAAUAUCAGUAUUGGAAUGGGCUUCCGGUGAGAGAUACAGAAGAGAAAAGGAAGAGGACGACUCGGUUCGAGUGAUGGUCAGCAAACCUCAAGUGCCAAUCCACUGUGCGUCUUAAUGGGAUCGCGGACAGCGCGGAGUGAGUCAUCCACGGCGGGCCAAGGCGCUGCGUGGCAGAAUAAAGAGGGGGCUCAACUCGACACGCGCUGUUGGAGUGUUCGGAUCCGGACAUGGAGCACGGGAGACUCGAGUCUACUUAUGUCGGAUCACAGGAUGUCCGGUUUAUGACUUGCGCUACUUUCCAUGCGUGGAUACUUUAAACAGGGACUUUUUUUUCUUUUUCUUUUUGCGUGUGGGAAUUUAAUUGAUCAUAACGGACGCAGUGGACUUAUUCACCAAAGAGGAUUAAAAGCCACGUAAAGUUAGAGCAAAUUCACCAAUUUUGAACCUGUGGGACAACUUUGUGUUGAAAAAAGAAAAGAAAGUGAAAGUUUUAGUCAAUGUGAAGCACUUUAUCAUCUUGUCUUGCAGCUACAAAAAAAAAGAAGAGGUGCAUUUUUUUACUUUUUUUCUUUGAGAGCUAUGAAGGGACUGCACAUGCAUGCCACCGUGGGACUGGUGCUCCUGUGGUUCACGCUCGUCACGGCGACGCCCACCCGCACCCAGACCUCCGCGCCGGGGAGGAACGCGAGCCGCGCCUCGAGGAGAGCGUCGGAGCCGGUGAGACGCGAGGCCCCGUGGAGAAGCCGGGGGAGGACGUCUCUCGUGGUCCAGAGGGAUUUCCACAGAUUGAAAACAGACAAAGGGGAUCAGGUUGUCGCCCUACUCCCCGAGGAUCUUAGAAAAAAGGAAAAAUACCUGAAACACAGAACAGGUCCGCUCUACUUCAGUCCCAAGUGCAGGGAGCACGUGCACAAAUUGUACCACCAGAGAGACUGCACGAUACCGGCAUAUUUCAAAAGAUGUGCACGGCUUCUCACGCGGCUAGCGGGCAGCCCGCAGUGCACGGGAGGCUAACACAUCCUAACAGGUUGACGCCUCAACAGCCGCUAUCCAGGAUGUUUUUCAAAAGGGGGAAAAAGUGGCUAGGACUUCUUGGAAAAGUGCCCUAAAUUACUGUGACCAGCUCUGAUUGAGAUCAAGCACACACGCGUCCUUCUACUGAAGUUGGCUCUACUCUUGACAUGGAUCAUAAUGGAUGGUGCAAGGACCUCCCCUCUCCCCAACCUCUAAAUGUCAAAUGAGGCCGCUGCUUGGCUUGCAAAUGGACAACUGUGUCUAAACUAUUGAUCGCCUAGCGAGACGUUUUAUCGGCGACAUGGAGAUGACGACAGCGGGAAGUCCCAGACGCUCCCGAGAAAGCCUUUAUUUAUGUAUUUGAAUCAUCACUCCACAGUAGACCGCGACCAUGUGUCUGUACAUAGUGUAAAACCAUGAGAUCUACGAUAAAUUAAGUGAGGCACAGCGUUAUACAGCUUGUACUAUAUGAUAAAACAAAAUAUAUUUAAAUAAAUUAUACAAU